CAGUACGCGUUUCCGCUUCCGUGCGGAAGAAAAUGAUGCGUUUGAAGCUUCAGCUGAGCCAUUAAGUGUUUGUUUACAACGAUAAACGAAAUAUCUGUUGAAACAGUCGAAGCAGGCGUCGAAAACACUUCUGAAAUAGAACCCGGUGAAUGGAAGUGGAGAGGACUCGGGUCAUGGGUCCAGAAAGAGUGCUGCCGAACUCGGAGGAGGAUCUGGGGCAGGAGAGAGUGUCAGAGCCCGCGGCCGAGGAGUGGAGCGGAGAGGAGGCUGAGGAGGAGGAGGAAGGAGCCCCGGGGGAGGAAGAGGAAGACAGUGAGGGGUAUUAUUAUCAACCCCUGAACCAGGAGCCUGAUGGAGGUCCCAACACACAGCUGGAACAAAACGACGAAGCAACACACGCGGAACAGCUGCAGGAGGUUCAGGAGAGAAUAGAGGCCAUGGGCUUGUUCCUGCCUCAGCCGCCAGCUCCGGACAGUGAUGAGGAGGAGGAUCCUGAAGGAGCUGCUGCAUGCCGGAGCCACGCGUCCAUUCCUAUGGAUCCUGAUCAUGUAGAGCUCGUGAAAAGGACCAUGGCAGCAGUGAACCUGCCUUCUUUGGGGAUUCCUCCCUGGGCUCGUGAGAUUUCAGAUGACCAGUGGAAGGACAUGGUAGACAAGACUCUGCAGUCGCGGCAGAGCUCAGCAGGUCUCUUACUGCAACGUAAAUGAAAUUACCUUUCAAGAAGCCUUUAUCACAUUCUCCACACAGCUUGUAAUUACAUCCCUAAUAAAGCAUCAAGAGCCUAUAAGAUCAUGUGAUUAAGGUGACACAGAACAGUUGUUUAUUAUAUUGUAUUUGUUUGAAAGGAUUGCAUCAGAUACCAUGAUGCACAAAAAAAAAAAACUCUAAAACCUUGCAGAAUUUGAUGUAUUUCAGAAUAGUUAAUGUGGCUCCCUCAACAUUCCCAUACUAACUUCUGCAAACCAAGGUUAAUAUUUUGGUGUAACUUUGAUGCACAUGUGUGUCCUGCACAUUCAAAAAUGUAUUUUUGUCUUUUAUUUUUAACUUUAUUUUUAUUCUGUACAUACAUGAACAUCUGUACAAAAUAUGACUUUCAUAAUAUGUAAUGCUCUGCCUAAUUAAAGUACAUCAUAUGUACAUAUGA